GGUACACUUAUGUCCCCUGUGCCAUAUCCUGUUGGAAGACCAUCAUGGUCUGUUUCUUCCAUCCUGCUGUCCAUGGUGCAGCUCGCUAAUCGUGGUCACAGAGGCUGCAGUGAAUGACAUCAUCACCAUGACGUCCACCAUAUGUUACAUCAUCAUCAUCAUCAUCAUCAUCGUCAUCAGCUGACCUGCAGAUCCAUCUGUUCUUUGGUUAUGGCCCAUUGUCCUGAACUGUCUCUGCUGAGUCAUAAUUAUUUUUUCAUUGUGACCUUUGACCCUGCGCAGCAUUAACCCUGUGUUACCUGCGACGGUGCUGCCUUGGUCUCGUACUCACGACAAACACACGAAGAAAAACUCGUCUGAACGGAAACCCACUCUCACUGUUGGAGGGGAGUAAUAAAUGCAGUUCUCAGCCCCCAGACCACGUCUGUCUGUUGACUGUCUCCUGCUGGGUCACAUGACUCCUGAAUGUGUUUGGGGAGCAGGGAGAUGUCAUCACGGCCUCAUGUUUCCUCCUCCUUCCCUCGGUGGUGUACUGCUGUCUUUGGUCGCUCAGAUUCAUGGAUGCCUGCAGGCGUUAAUAAGCUGCAGUGGUUCAGCUCAGCUCUGCCUCCACCUUCGCUGCUCUCCGUCAGUCUCUGAGACACAAGCUUGACCCCCCUCCCCCCUUCACCUCCUCCCUCCUCCCUCCUCAGCCCGCUCAGAGGAGGAGUUUCUCUCAGAGGUUUCUAUCAGGAGUAUCUGCAGCUGGAGGGCAAACCCACACCGCACCAGGGUACAAGAACUGGCUCGGUACCAGAACAUCGUGUCCCACUGUGGAGCAUGACUGAGAGAGCGUGGAGGAACAUCUCAAAGAUCUCAGGCUCACACUGGGCUGAUUUAAUGUGGUGCAGUGGUACCAAACAGUGGCUCUCGGAACAGUACCAGUCCCUGGGUCAUUAGAUACUGGCCUGCAGAGAUUCAUUAAAAUACACAACUGAUUAUUUUUAAGUUUUGUUAAUUAUUCAUAUUUAAUUUAAAUAGACUUUAUUUCUUCUCCUUUUUCUCCUUCACUGGGAGGUUCAGCUUUACAGAACUUCCCUGACUCCUCUGACAUUAGCACCAGGAGAACCAGAAGAACCAGAAGAACAUGGAGGAACUGAGGGAACCAGAAGAACCAGGGGAACCAGGGGAACCCAGAGGAAAAUGUUCUGUUUAUUUGUUUACUCUGGUUCUUGUCAUGUUAAUGCUCCUUACCUGCAAGAGAGUCAGUGGUUCAAUCCCUGGCUCUAAUGGCUGCUGACCUCCACCCUCACUGACCACCACAUCUGACCUCCACCCACACUGACCUCCACCCACAAGGACCUCCACCCACACAGACCACCACAUCUAAACUUCAUCUUCUCUGUCUGCAGGAGCCAACACACGGUGAACCAGGAACCAUGACGUGAGUUGGACACAGAUCAUGUGACCCUGGGUGAUGAUGACACCUCCUCCAGAGAUGAUGACACCAACACUGUAGACAGGCCUCAGGUCUGGAGAAGGUCUGAGUCACCACAACAAGGAUGUGAAAGGCAGCAAAAGCACAGUCUCACACACACACACACACUGAACACGUAGUUUUUCUAAUUAGUCUGGUUCCUCGUCUUCCAUCAUCCUGACGACCUUGGGGAGGACAGUUAAGACAGGAGGCCCCUUAGUGUCUUUUUCUCCUCCUCCUCUGCUCCUGUACACUGUCUGAUUUAUUUGACCGAGGUGAAAACAAUAAGCCACUCAGAGAGGUGGAGGAGGAGGAGGAGGAGGUGCUGUGAGGCAGAGAUGUGAUUGGACGUCAGCAGGUUGACACUCACUUUCUCCCUGAGCGUAGAAACAGUAGAACCACAGCAAGGAGUGAGGUGACUGAAGCCUCCUGAGGAGGACAAGGAGCUCCUGACAGAGGAUCUCCUCUCUGAGGAUCUCUUUCUCUCAGUGUCAGUUCCUUCAGAGUACAUCAUCUUUUUUCCCGUGCUGCACCAACAAAUUUCCUUCUCAUUUCAGUCCUCAUGAUGUCACUAUUUACCAGGCUCCUAUUGGACAGUACCAGCCGUGUCCACGACAGAAUGAAGUUAGAACAAAAGUCGACCGAAAACAGGUAAAAUAAUGAUUUUAGAAAAAUAAAAAUCAGCUCUGUCAGUUAGAGACUAAAACAACCAAACUUUGCGUCAAGGUCGACGUCAAAAAGCCUGGAGGGAGAUGUAAAAGCUUCAGAUUGAGUGUGUGACCAGUUUUAAUUUGUGUAUAAUCCAGAUUACAGCCAACAAUAAGAUGAAGUGAAGUGAAGUGUCACAACAGAGGGUGUAAUGGAGUCCUCUGUGUCCUGUUGAGAGACUAAAAACAAAUGUUGUCUUUGGUCUCCACACUGACUGUCCUCAGGGGUAAACAGUCACCGAGGACAGACUGCAGCUGCUGACCACUGACCGCUGCUCCGGCUGUUUUUCUCUCUCUGUCUUUUUUUCAUUUAUUUUUUUUCAAUGUCGUGUGAGCAGAAACACUGUAACUGGUUUUUCAUCUGAAAACAAAAACUGUCGGAGAUGACAUGAGCGAGCGCUUGUGUGUCGACAGGGAAUGCACAGGCGGGUGGAGCAGUGAAUAGCAUAACUGAGACAAAGUGGUUAGCAACAUGAGAAGAAUAAACAUCUACGUGAAUAAACAACAUGUUUAAAGGGUUUUCCUGACAGACGAAAGUGUCACUAAAAAUAGACAUUAGUAAAAACGUGUUCACUUGAGGUCCGCGGCCCACCGUUUGGACUCGAAAUCUCGAAAGAUUGUUUUAAUCUGUUGUUGUUUUGUCACGUUUUGGUCGGCGAAAUUCCAGCUGCCUUUACAAAGAAUGAUGGCACCCUCUAGUGGGCAAAUAUAUUUUUGCAGCGAGCAAUAUUAAGCUGUGGCGAUCAGAAUAAAGUCCAGGGUUCAUGUCUAAAAUUUAAUUUCGUUUUUUUAAGUUCUGCAUUAUCAUUAACGAUGUGUGUUUGCAACGAAGCCGAACAAUUUGUUUAAAAAAUAAACAAAUAAAUAAACAGCAGCAAUCAACAGUUUUGUUAAGGUGUGAAGUUUGGAGGUGAUUUUAUUUUGUUCAUCCACCGAUGAGUAAACAAGUACAAAAAGAUAACAAAAAUAACCUAAAUCACAGGGGCCACGUAAUGGUAGCAAACAUUAAAUAUUAACAGAAAUAAUGGUAAUGUAGAGAACCAAACUGUUGGAGUUUUGUCCGGAAGCAGCUAAUGGUUAGCAUUAGGUGUAUCAGUACGUAAAAGUUAGCCAAAAGAGAUUAUUUACCGUUGAACCUAAAAUAAUUCCUAGUGGGCCAGAAGAUCGGUGGAUUUAAUGAACCAGACUAUGGCCCAUGCGUUGUCCACGAACCAGAGCUUGUAACCCAGAGGCCUGAAUUCAGGUGGACACUGAAGGCAGCAGCAGAUCAAAGUCCUCCCGCCUCCGCAGCUCAUUGGUGUGGAGUCGGUGUGACGUAUGUACGUGGGUGGAGUCAACAGAUAUCACAGGUGAACUCUGCUGAGAGCAGGUCCGGAGAUGUGGUCUGGUCUGAGCUACUGCUGAGCUUGGUUCUGCGGGACUGGGACUGACCUGUUCUGUCUCUGGUCUGCGGCAUCUGGCAUGGACCGCCGCCGUUCAGCGUCCGCUUUUUACCGCUGUGUUGGCAGGUGCGCUGCGCUGUUCUUCUUGGCUCUUCUCUUUGACGCGCUCGGACUCGUCGUGCUCCUGGUCGGGAUUUUCGGGAACCUGAAUCUGGACGGACAUUUCUACGGGGACUUCCUGAUCUACACCGGGGCUCUGGUCAUCUUCCUCAGCCUGGUCUGGUGGGUUCUCUGGUACACCGGCAACGUGCAGUUGGACUCGGAGCGGGACAGACCGGGUUCUGGUCACUUUGACAUCCCUUUUACGCACUGGGCCAGGAAACUUUCGGAAAGACUCUCCAAGUCUGGGCCCGGACUCAAGCAUCUAGAGUCCGGGUCUGAGAAGAGGAAGAAGAAGGAGAUGAUGGGUGGUCAAAAGGAGUCGAUCGGAACCGUGCGAGCCUCCGCACCGGCCCGGAUCAACUGGGAGGACGGACUCGGAGGAACCGUGAAUCCUGGAUAUGAGAGUGAGAAGAGCGUGGAGCUGGGGAUGGUCCACAGCUCGCAGGUGGUUCUGCAGACGGCAGCUGACAGAGCCGAGAGGCUGCUGUGAACCAGGUGAAAUCCAGAUUGUCCUAUGGCCUCCUGCUCCUGCUGCUCCUGCUGCUCCUGCUGCUACAGCGAAAAUUAUUCUUUAAAGAAUCCUUCAGCUUUUGAACCAAUGUCACUUUUAGAUUUGAAUGUUGAGUGAAUGAAUGCACAGACACUUUAUCAAUCAGGGAAAGGUCCUGCACACACACACGCACGCACGCACACACGCACACACUCGCGAACACACACACACACACUGUCAGAGCAGGGCUGUGCACAGAGGAGUGGACUGUCUUUAGCCUGUAAAUAGCAGAAAUGUGUUUUUUUAACCUGUUUGGUCUCAGAUGUAACUUAUUAUUAAUUUUAUUAUUGUUAUUGCUAGUAAUAAAGUCGUGUGUUGUUUACAGCAGAACUGUUGUCUGGUUCUGAAGAACAGAUCAGGUGACAGUCUGUGGCUAGCUCGCAGGUCCACCGCUGCCUCCUGUGGCCAGUUUGUGUCACUGAGGGAACGUUAGGCCGCAGGAACCGCUUACAUUUUAGAGAACGACAUCAUGUUUCACGUGUUUCCCUCUGAUUGGACAAAGACGUUCUGGUGAGAACAGGAACAUUAGUCUGGACGUCGAUGGUUCUUUUAUGUCACAUUUGUCUCAGUGAUUCUGAUUCUUUGUGUUGCGUGACUUUGAUAUCAGAACCAGAACCAGGAAGAGGAUCACAUGUCCACACGUCCCUACAUCGUCUACUUCACACUGUACUUCUCUGCUGUUGUGAAAUCUGAGUGUUGGUCGCCGUUGGUUGCUCAUUCAUUGGAAACCAGUCAAACUGGGUCAUGUCAGAUUGGGGGGGUGGAGGAGAGGGG